AUGGCUGAGGAGAAGCUUCGAUUCCCAAUGCGUGGUAUCAAGGAAGAGAUGUUUGCAGGCUUUGUGCGCAACCUACCUAAGACUGUCAAAGAAUUCCUCACCGAGGCCGUCACAAUCGAGAAAACACUUGAGAUGCAUAGAAGGCAGUUUAACCGCAGCUCUUCAACAGUCAACUACUCCGAGGCUCAUGCCCUCAGCACCAAUGACCUGCACGAGACAAUCCGAGCGAUCGUGCGGGAGGAGCUGCGCAAGCUGCUGCCUUCACUGCAGCCUCAAGUGGAUUCAAUCAUCGUCAUUGUCCACGAGGAGGUGCCAGUGUACAUCAUUCAGCGCCUUGAAUCCGUACUUCAAGCAAUCGGGAGGUCCGUUGCUGCUCGUGAAGAACCUGGCAGGCUGUUUAACGCCAACCAGGCUUACGCUACAGCUGCCUGUGCCGCUGGUCCCUCGACCUCUUCCGAGGAAGCUGCAGCCGAGGCCAUCGAAGUUCCCACUUGGAGGGUGAACCCUAUCGCCAGCCUUUACUCUAUGGAAGGCACUGAGAACCUCGACGAUGAAGUCUUCCGAAAGAGGCACGCGAAGCUUGAGGCGAAUGAAAAAAGGCGCAAACGGUGGGACCUGCAACUACUUCGCGAGCAGCAGCACACUGAGCGGUUGCGGCGAAGGAUGGAGCGACGGGCGGAGAAACCGUCGACGUGCCCUCCGACUUUCUGUGGGGACCUCAAACAAAUUCACUUUGUGGAAGUCGUCGACGAAAUACCAGUGCAGGCCUUCGGACAACCGAUACCCGAGCUACAGCCCCGGGAGUUUCAGUUGCCAUGGGGGAAGCGGCACGGCGAGACAGCAAAGAAGCCCAAGGGACCCUGGCGAUAAGUGAAAGGAGUGAAACACUAAUGCUCCUGAACUUUCGCCGGAAGGACACCGGCGUGAGCCCUGCUCAGGACUGAGCCCCUGGGCACGGAGUGCCAGCUCGAAUCAGCUGACAGAAGACCUGUCAACGAGGCACCAAGACAGGUCGCCGGCCUAACUGCAGGACAACGUCGUCCAACCAGCACAAACUCUCGGCCCCGGGCCUAACGCGGCACGAACAUCGUCGAAGCGCGAAUGCGUUAUGCGCCGCAUGUGAGGAAAAUAGUCAUGAGUGUGGGAACAUGGUGGCAAUGCCACACAAUAAAACGGUGCACAUUCAUUGCUUGACACAUGCUAACACCGCUUCAUGGGAUGAAAAAAUGAAGUAUUGGUGGAGAUGUGAAGGUGCCAGAAAAACUCUUCAUUUCUCGCAUCUUGCAUUGGGCGUGGAUGUGUUGUUGAGGGCAUGGGGUGCUUGCUGCAGCCAAGCUGUUGGAAGACACUUCCAGCACCUCGGUUGUGGCAAAAGUGCUAGGUCAGCCAAGAUGUUGAAGCACGUUUGUUUCAGCAUCUUUGCUCCUCAAAGCAUUUCUGGUAGAACUGAGUAGUUCGCCCGAACCAGAAUGUUGGAAAGUCAUUACUUCCUACAUCUUGGUUCAUGCGACUAUGUUGCAAGUUUUACAAUUGCUGCUGCCUGCUAUGAUCACUGGUGUGAGGAAAUGAGAUCAUUGUGAGGGCUCAGUGAGGCUAGCAGAUAAGAUUACAAGUCCUCAAGUGCUGGCAAACUUGAUAGAACUUUUGUGCAUGCAGUCCCGCAGUACACCUUGUUUUUAGUGGCUAUAAUCAGUGAGUGUCAUGCACCGUGUUUGAAAGUGCAGAACUGCUUGUGGUAUCUUGGUAUGCCAAUAAAUGCAAAUGCUUGCAGUUGCACUUAUUGUGAAAA